AUGAGUGCUGUUUCGGCUCCUCCUGAUGACAAGGGCUGUAGUAUCGCCAUUUUGGACUUGCCAGUGGGUUCCUCGUUGACAUUGGAUGGUCACGUGUUGCGUCUGCAGCGAGACGACUUUGUAGGGAUCAAGGGCAUUCCAUUGCUAUCGAAUGACGGGUUUCACUUUGUGGUGGCUCGUGCGGCAGUACCACAACAGCAACAAGGUGGCGGUGGUGGAGCUGGGACAGUUCCAGUCGGCUUUGUCAUCAUGCCAGCAACAACAACCGAUCAUCAAACAUUGGCUCUGGUACGUCGGUACAGUGCCUUGACGGAAGAAGUGUCGAGUGACGAAGUGGAUGCGACCACGGUUUCCAAUUUGGCGACUCGGAUGGAGGCGAAUCAAUUGGAGCCGCACCGAAUGAUUGCUUACAGUGAUAUUGUCAAGGACGAAUCUCAGGCAUGGAACGACGCCACGCAAUUCAUCUCGCGGCAACUAUUGACAUCUCGAAACAUUCGACAUGGACUCAAAAUUGUGCCAGGAUGCUACAGUGAAGACGACGACGAGCAAUCCACACAACAAGAUGACAAGGAUGGAUCCUCCAUUCUCUAUCCACCCAUUCCAGUCCUACAAUCUGCAUCUUCGGCGGCAGCACGUCAUUCCCAACAUGCGGGAACCAAAAAGUACCUGGCCACACUGACGCCAACCCAACGAACGGCGCUAUUUGUACAACAAACCAAUCCAGCCACGGCCAUCCUCGACAGCAUUCUCCACAAAUACUACCACAACCGAUGGCAAGAGUUGCUCGGGGAUAUUCAACUAUCCUACCUGAUCUUUUUACAACUCCAGUGUCUCGGUUCUUUGGAACAUUGGAGGGACCUGGUGGCCAUGUUGUGUCAAGUAGAUGUCCAUCCAUCGCAUAUCAUUCCUCUCUAUACACACUUUUUGACUAUUUUGUCCAAACAAGUACUGGCCAUUGAACAAGACUUUUUCGAAGACAUGGAGACCACGGGCGAUAAUUUCUUACUGCCGUCGUUACGGCAAUUGUGUCAAACCACGGCCCACAUUCGAGACGAAAACUUACAAGCGGCGCGGACCCAAUUGUGUCGGAUUUUGGAAAAUCGAUUCCAGGGCGUUGUAUCAACAACAACAACAACAACAACUUAUAUGGAAAUGGAUAGCGACGAGGAGGAAGAUGAGGAAGACAAGCCCGUGGUAGUAAGUACCGAAGAGUACGAGGCUUCCAUGGCCCGAGCGUCCAACACCACACCACAACAACAUGGGCAAAAAGACCAACAACCCCAAAACAUUCGACAACAAUAUCCAGUCUUGUUUGCGGCGCAAAUGGACCAUGAGGAUAUUCUCAUGACUUGUGCCAGAGCACUCGAUGAAAAGAAUGAUGUGUCUUUGGUCCGAGAAGCAGCGGCCUUUUUAGUGGAAGAGGUGGAACCGGGAGCCACCUACACGGUCAGCUAG